AUGGUGCAGUUGGCGGCUGUUCUCAUCAGGCUCCCGUUGGAUGAUGCUGAUUCAUCCGUGAACCGUGCUCAGGUGUUCUGUUUCUCCAUCAGCUGGCACCACGGAUUCGCCCAUGCAGCCAUAUGCCCCCUAGCAUCUUUUUAUGGUGAAAGCUAUGUGGAGCUCAACAUCAUCGAAGUUUUGCCUGAGUUAUCUCUUCAAUUAAAAUUUCAAACCAGCAAACCACAGGGAUUACUUUUCCUUGCAGCUGGGAAAAAUGAUUACUGUAUAAUAGAACUUCUAUCAGGAAACUUACGGGUGAGGGUGAAUUUGGGUGCAGGCAAACAAGUGCUCCUUUCUGAGCAAAGGCGUCGUGUGGAUGACUUGAAUUGGCAUUUCGUGGAACUGUACUAUGUUAAAAACACUAUCUCUCUGGUUAUCGACAAACACUAUGAGACAACUGGCCAGAUCACUGGUGGGACGCACAGUUUGCACUUUCAACAUGGAAUCUACAUAGCAGGCCAUGGUGAACUUGACCUCCCUUACCUGGAUGGAGAGCUUCCCGGUUUCCGUGGAUGUAUGGAGGGUGUGGUAUUUAACCAGAGGGAGAUCCUCGCAUCCCUCAGGUCUUACCCUGGUUUUAAGAAGGUGUAUGAGGUGUCACUAGGAUGCAGUGAUGAAUUUUUUGCAGGAGAGGAUGAGGCCAUCAAUUUCUUUAGCUCCAGAUCCUACGUCAUCUUCCCAGAAUGGAGGGUGCAUGGGGAAGGGCUGUUGGAAUUUGCUUUGCAGACUGGAAGUCAGCAAGCUUUGCUUUUGUUUCAGCCAGGUAGACAAGGAAAUUUUGUUGCUUUGGAAAUAGUUCAUGGUCUGUUGAAGGCUCAUGUAGGAAGGAGCAAAAGUAACACCCAGCUCUCUUCUUUAAGCGCAGUUAGUGACAACAGGUGGCACAUUAUUCAACUCAGACUCACAGGACAGUAUCUGGACCUGAAGGUGGAUGAGCAAGGGGUGAGGGCGUUGCUGCCCUUGCGAAGCAAACCAUUUGUAUUGGAAGGUCCUCUCUUCGUGGGAGGUCUUGAUAAACGUAAGGGAGAAGAAGUUAAGAAGUUAGAACUUGUCUCUGUGCCCAGGAAAUCUGCUCGAGGAAUCUCUUUCAAAGGGUGCUUAAGAGGCUUGGAAGCCAACUCCGUAAAGAGAGCAUUAAAGAAUGCCCUUGUGUCUAAAGAUGUAGCCGCCGGGUGUAAAUUGCAGAGUAGUGAUAAUGAAAACCCUUUCAUAACGACAGCAGAAAACCUGCUUCGUUCAGAAGUUCCCCUUUCCACUACCGUCCCCAAGGCACGCAAGCCUUUUCUUCACCAGGCGAGUAGCUAUUUCUUAAGUCUGAAUAACCUGGAGGUCCAAGAAGGUGGGCGAGCCUUACUGGAACAAAGGCACAUGAACGUGGUUGUGGCAUCCAAAGAUGUGGGCAUCCAUCCUUCUCAAAUACUAUUUAAAAUAGAGGAAAUGCCCCUGCAUGGGUUCCUUCAAAUUGAUGUUUCACCUGCACAGGGAAUGGAGGAGGCUUUCACUAUGUUAGAUUUGGGGCAAGAGAAAAUUUGGUAUGUCCAUGAUGGCUCAGAAGAACCUAGGGAUUUUUUUACAUUUUCAGUCUCAUCCAAGAGUAGGAAGGAAAUGCCAUUGUAUCUGCAAGGACAUGUUCCAUAUGUGUUUAACAUUACUGUCCUUCCAGUAAAUGAUGCCCCGGUCCUUAAGCUCCCUGAAGGAAACUUGCUCCGCCUGUUUGAGAAUUCUAAGAAACAACUGACUCUAAAUGUAAUACACGUGUCAGACCCUGACACAGAUUCCUUGAGUCUUAGUUUCUCAGUUCUUGGCAACUUCAAUUCAGAUGCUGGGUUUUUAGAAAACACCAAUGGUCCUGGGAAAGCCAUUAAUGGUUUUACGCAUGGGGAUUUAAGAGAUGGCAACAUUUUCUAUGUGCACAGAGGUCAUCGGAACUCCCGGAUCCUUCUGAGAGCAAGCGAUGGAGAGCUGGUUAGCAAUACCGUAGUGUUACGGGUCAUGGCUGUUCCUUGGGACUUUGAAGUGGCUGUUAGAACUGGGGUAGUCGUCCAGCAGGGGGGCGCGGUUCUGAUUACACAAAGUAACUUGUCGGUGGAGGUUAACGGUGAACCCCCCGAGAUGGAGACCCGCUAUGCUAUCACUCAUCCACCCCAAUUUGGUCACAUUCAGGAGCAGGGGUCAAGGGGUGAAUGGAAACAAGUUAGUACCUUUUCUCAACGUUCCAUUGAUCUGGAUCGGGUCCGGUACCAUAGCACAUUUCAAGAAUUACAGCCAGAAAAUGUUACAGAUCACUUUAAAUUUAAAGUGAACAUAGAAGGCAAAGUCAGUGAAGAGCUGGUAUUUCCCAUUACCGUACACUGGCUGAAGUUUGUACUUCUGAAAAAUGUUCCUCUCGAGGUCAGUAAGCUGAGCAGACAAGUACUGAACUCUGACCACUUGCAGGCUGUGACGGAGGGUAUGAGUGUAACUCAGAAAGAACUGCGUUUUAAGUUACUGACACCACCUAAGAAAGGAAAAUUGCUAGUUGGCAAUAAAGUUCUAAAAACAAACUCCGUCUUCAGCCAGCAAGACAUUACAGACUCUAAGAUAAGUUAUGAGCCACGGGAGAGGCCUAGGGAAGACACAGAAGAUAUCUUCAGGUUCUUGAUUGUUGCAAAGCACAUAGAAUCCAAAGAUUAUGCUUUCAGAAUAAACUUUGAAGCAGACAGGACCCACAUUAUUGUAACUAACAGAGGGUUAUCUGUAAAAGAAGGAGAAGGGAAAUUAAUUACAAAAUCAGAAUUAUUUGCUCAAACACCGGACAAUCAGACCUUCCGAUAUAUAAUCACCAAGAGUCCUCAACAUGGGAAGCUGAAACUGGUCAACUUUUCAGACCCUCUGGGAAGUCGUGAUAAUAUCACCAUGUUCACUGAUCGAGACAUAGUGGGGGAGCGGCUGAUGUAUGUCCACGAUGACUCUGAGACCCAACAUGAUGAAUUCCUCCUUGUGGCCUCCGCCAUGGGACCAGGCCGAGAGGGAGUGGUCAGGCAUCUUGACGCAGAACGUUUAUCUACAGAAAUCAAAGUUGGCAUUUCUGUAGAGUUAAAAAAUGAUGAGAAACCAGUACGUGUGGUAGAUAAGGUCUUUUGUGUUGUAAGGAAUGGCCAGCGCCUACUGACCCUGGCAGAUCUCUGUUACCAUGAUCCCGACUCAGAUUUUGAUGAUGGCCAGUUGCUCUACACCCGACGGGGCAUCCCAAACGGGGACCUGGUGAGAGCCAAUGAUGUCACUCAGAAACUCUACCAGUUCAGGCAAGAAGACCUGCGGGAAGGGCGAGUGCUUUUCAGACAUCAGGGUGCAGACUCCGCCCGCUUUGUGCUGUUCGUGACAGAUGGUGUCCAUUAUACAUCAUCCCUUCUUGAGGUCAGUGUGUCAGACCCCUACGUCCAGGUAGCCAAUAACACGGGGCUGAUUGUACAAAGAGGAGAGGACAGCAGCCUCACAGCAUCCAACCUCAGUGUCACCACAAACCAAGAUGUCCGAACAGACCACGAGAUCGAAUUCCACGUGCUACAGCCCCCAAAGCACGGCAGAGUGCUAGUCAACCAGUCAAUGUCCCGCUCAUUUUCCCAGCAUGACUUGAAGCGGGGACAUGUGAUUUAUAGGCAUGAUGGCAGCGGCAACUCUGAUGUGUUCAACCUGACAGUGAAAGUUAAGGAGAUACAUAUAGAUGUGGGCGUCUAUGUACAAGUGUACUCAGAAAGCCACCAACAUCGCGCCCAAGUUCCGCUCAUCAAGACCCUUAUAGUUGAAGAAGGAAAACCAGUAAAACUGAAUAGAGGAAGACUCCAGACUGUCCAUGAAGAUAAUAUUACUUCCGAGACAACGUUCACUGUCAGUGUUCCACCGAUGCAUGGAUACCUCCAGAAAUCUUUACCAGAAGAAGGCAGCUUCGGUGCUGAUGCAAAGUCCCCUCUGAUAUUUACACAACAGGAAAUUGAUGAUGGGGCUAUUCUUUAUGUGCAGACAGCUCCUGACCAACAACACGACCGUUUUUUGCUCGAUGUGGUGAAUGAUUUCCAAGCUGUGAAUGGAAUUGAAAUCUUAGUGGAUAUCGUCCCUAAGCGGAUUCCUCUGGAGGUACAAAAUUUCACAGUCCGAGAAGGAGGUUCCAAAGCACUUCUGGAAGACCAUCUCAAAAUCCCAAACAAAUAUUUUGAGGGAGUUGAUUUUGAAUUUGUUCUACUCAAACCACCAAAACAUGGUUAUGUUGAAAAUUCUGAUUUUCCAAGAGUACAGCUAAUGAAGUUUACCAGGAAACAGGUGGAAAAUGAAUUGAUUUACUACAUGCAUGAUGGUAGCGAGGAGCUUCUUGACGAUUUCACCGUCUUUGCAAAUAGCUCAGAACUUGGAAAACAGAGCUUGCCCCAAACUCUUUUUGUAACUGUGGAAUCAGUAAAUGAUGAGGCUCCGGUAAUAACAGCCAACAGAAUCCUUCAGGUAUGGGCAAAUUCUGUAACGGAGAUUACCAGGGGUGUCCUCUGUGCGGAAGACGAGGACUCCUCCCCGCAGGACCUCACCUAUUGGGUCACUCCACCCAGCAACGGGCAUUUGGCUCUCCAGUCCUUUCCUGGCCGAAGCAUCCAGAACUUCACCCAGGCUCAGAUCAACAAGGGCCAGCUAGUGUUUGUACACACGGGACCCAUGUCAGGAGGCUUUAAUUUUCAAGUUACCGAUGGUGUGAACUUUGCACCUCGACAGAUUUUUAGCAUCACCGCUCGAACUCUGACCCUUAGCUUAGAAGUAAACCGAGGACUGAGCAUCUUUCCAGGUUCCAUGAAGCCCCUUUCAUCUGGUGACCUGAGAGCUGUGACCAAUGACGCGGACAGCACAGGAAACAGAACUGUAACAUUUACGGUUAUAAGUUCCCCUAGACUCGGAAGGCUGGUGCGAGUCAAUUCUGACAACAGCACGGAGGAUGUUUCCGUGUUUACGCAGAAUCUGGUCAGUGAACGGCUGAUAUUAUACCAGCAUGUGGACCAUGAGAACACCGGCUGGACUGCAGAAGACUCUUUCACAUUCACAACGUCCUCCCCACCAGCAGCUCUAGGUCCUGAGGAGUUUCGUAUUACUAUUUCAUAUGAAAUUACUGAGCCUGGUCGGCAGAGUCGUCUGCUUGCAAAUACAGGAGCUGCUGUCAAGGAGGGAGACAAAGUUCUCAUUGAUCAAUCUAAUUUAGAUGCUUCCAACCUCUUGUUGAAACUGCCCAAAUAUCAGCGAUCUUAUUAUGAAAUCUGGUUCCAGGUUACGUCUCUUCCUCACCAUGGAACCAUUAUGGUUGGAGAGAGGAAUAUUACUAAAGGAAAACCCAACUUCUCUCAGUACAUAGUUAACAAAUUUGGAAUCCUAUACCUUCACGAUGACUCUGAAUCUCUGGCUGAUAAUUUUACCUUUGCUGUUUGGCCAAAACAAAAGAGCAAGUCUACCACCAAACCAGAGGCCAACUUCCUUGAAGAGAUGUUUAACAUCACUAUCUCCCCUGUUAAUGAUCAGGCACCAGAAUUAAAGACAAAAGGGCUUCGGUUGAAGGUUCUGCAGGGGAAUAGUUUGGUUGUGGGACCUGAAAACCUAAGAGUGGAAGAUCUAGACAGUCCUCCAGAGGAGAUCAAAUAUAUGAUCAUCCGUAAUCCUAAUAAUGGCAUUUUAGCAAUGGCUCACCAUCCAGACAUACCUGUUCACCAUUUCACGCAAGCUGACAUUGAUAACUCUCAGGUAUGGUUUAUACAAGAUGGAAGCCCAUCUUCGGGUGUGUUUUACUUUAGUGUGACUGAUGGCCAACACCGCCCACUUUAUAAGCUCUUCCACCUGGAUGUCAUCCCCAUUUCCAUCACCCUUGUGAACCUCACAGACCUACUUCUCCCACAAGGCCAGACAACUGUCCCCAUCACCAAUACUCACUUAUCAGCAAUGACCAAUGGGAAAAGCCCUCAAAUCACUUACAAGAUGACAAGUCCCCUCCAACAUGGGCAUCUGCUCAUUGAAAACCAGGUGGUCGUCAGCUUUGAGCAGGAAGACCUGCAUUCAGGAAGACUCUGUUACCAUAUGACAGAUCUCACGGCCUCAGAGGACCAGCUGUAUUUCUCACUAUUUACACCAGAAAGCAACCUGACGGGACAAAUGCUGAACAUCAGAGUGCAGCCUUUACUGCGGGUUAGGUCAAACCUGACAAUCGCCAACAGGGUGGUUUAUCCACUGAGAAGAAAGGACCUUGAUGCCACUGAGCUUGCUAAUAGGACUAACAGCGAUCCCAAAUUUGAAGUGACCAAACCCCCUGUCCAUGGGAGACUUGUACGAAGAGUGGGCCGAGACACAGCGAUGGAAAAUGCUACUCUGUUCUCUCAGAGGGACAUUGACCAGGGGUUGUUGAUGCUUCAUGCACAUGCCAACCUAACAGACAUCAAUGUGCUGAAUGACUCCUUCACCUUCUUGCUCAGGGCAGACCACAUACAGCCAGCAAUAGGUCAUCUCGCCUUCAGCAUAGUGCCACCUGACCCCUUAUGUUUGCAAACCUUUACCCCUGAUGUUUCUUUAUUAGUCACUGCCCAUAACCUUGUGACUUCAGAUCUCUCUCGGGGAAAGCCUGUGGUUUCCCCAGGACUCACGGCAAGGACAGAAACUCUGGGGAAGCUGGCCCAGACCAGGCAGCAGGAAACAAAUCCCUGGGGACAACACCGUGGUGAAGAACCUACUCUGGAUGGCAAGGCCUCUCCAACCAGGGUCAUUUGGCCACCGGACACUACCAACACCAGUCCUGGAACACCCACCCAGCCCAGGGAGAGCAGUUACCCUUUGAUGGUCAUUGUACCCUUGGCUGUGGUGGUCUUCCUGCUGAUAGUAACUGCAGUGGCCUUGUGUGUCUGGCUGCUGGGCCAGAAGGUAGAAAAGACAAAACCUCUUAUCAAGCCCCAGACUAAUCUGGAACCUACAACCCCAAGUCCUAGGCCAGAAAGGAGCAGAACCGUUCCCACCGUCACAGUGACACCCCUUCUAAAAAGCUCCAGCAAUCCCCCGGUCAGUCUUUUCAGGGACCCACAAAGUGAGCAAAUGGCUUUUCCAGCCACUGAGCCAGUGGAGAAAUGUGCUCCUUGGGAGACAUGGAUGAAUCUGGAUCCCGAUAUGGUCAAGCUCUGCCGACAAACCAACCCAACCCUGAAGCACAACCAGUACUGGGUGUAGACAGGGCUUUUGUUCCCGACUGACUACCUACUGUACUAGGAUAGGCACUGGGAUACAAGGUCAAAGAAAUGUUAGAUGGAUCAGCUAAGGAAAGCCCAGCCCUGCCAGUCACUCAGUGCUCAGUUAUGGCCCCCCGUGGUGAGAUGGGAGCAAGUGUUUAUUGUAACUCAUACAACACUCCUCUGAUGUGCUCUCCACAAUGAGCUUUGUCUGCCUUCUUGGGGACCUGACUCUGAGUAUAAGAUUUUGUCAAUAUUCAGAUCCUUUAUCAAGGUGCUACCAAACAUGCUGGUCCAACUAGGAUCAGCAGUAUUAACUUGGGUGCUAAAGUUAAUGGAGGAAGCCUUUGGAUAUUUUUCACUAAGGAUUCAUUCUAAGUGAGUCAGCAAGGAAAUGCAGGAACUGUUUCAGCCAGCAGAAGAGGUGAUUUAUCAAAUCAGCGAGUUUAUUCCCAGUGUAUUUCUGUAAUGUCUUUUCCUCCUUGGGGUCUCAAGGUUUGACUUCCUAGGACAGGAAAUGCCUUGGUGCUUCAGAUAGUAGAAUAGUCUGACCCCCCUUUGAAGGUAUUCACUGAGCAUACUGUGUUCCAUCAAGAGGCUUUAUCUAUUCUGAUUUGUAAAACCAAACCUGUGGAACAAAUAUGAUUUGAAGCCCCAAGAAAUAGAAAAGUCUGUUAAAUAUUUUGUGAUGCCUCAAUUUGGCUUAACUUUUACAAUGAAUUGAAGUAAUAGCAAAUUUGUAUUUGAUUUGUCUGGUUGAGCCUACAAUUGGCAGAUUCAGGCUUCAGUUUCUAUAAUUGUAAAAUGAAGAUAUGAGUACUUGUUUUAGUUAAGAAUGCUUUGGGUUGCAAAUCACAAGACAUUAGCUAUGAGUGGCUUUGAUUGGGGAUUGGCAAACUUUAUCUGUGCAGGACACCAUCAUAAACAUUUUAGACUUUGUGGGCCCCAUAUGGCUGUUUAUUUUUAACAACCUUUGUUUCUUAACAACCUUUUAAAAAUGUAAAAACUAUUCUUAGUUCCACAAAUCAUAGUUUGCCAGCUAUUGCUUUGGCUAAGCAAAAAAAGUGUUGAAUUAUUUCAACUAACAAGCAGCCUACAGUGGACAUUCCAAGGCUGGUUCAGUGGUUCAAAGAUAUCAUCAAGGACUGAAGUUCUUUUGUUCUUUCUGCUUUACCUUCCUCAAGCUGUUGGCAUUUAAUUUUUUUUCUUUCUUCUUUUUUUUUUUUCCUUAGUUCCUCGUGAUUGUGAGGGGCUGCUCAUGUUCCAAGCAGUACAUUCACAUUCAAAGACAGACAUUCUAGGGGGAAAAAAAAACAGAUAUGGCAAAAAGAUUUUUUUUUUAGAGAGGAACUUAUUUCUAAUUACUAUUAUUUUUAAUCUUACAAAAGGAGGACUUCUCAAACAUUUCCCCCCUUUUAUGUCUCAGUCCAGAACUGAGAAAUGGGCAAAAGGAAAUGGAAUUCUCAUGACUCAUCUCUCCAGGGGCUGGGAAAGGAUUCUGCCAUGUCAGAUUUCAGCGGAUGAGUCCACCAUGUAAUCAGGGGAGGCUAGGCAGUGGAUAAGAUCUACUAAAAUACUCCUCAAAUAUGAAACACUUGGGAAAUAAGAACUUUGACCUUUCAGAGGGGUGUCUACUUUAAUAUCUCCUUUUCUAUUUUAAUGAUUGUCUUAAAGCCAGUGGCUAGGGUUUCUAGGGUGGAAGGAAGCAUUGCCCCGGAAGGGAGGCAGUUGGCAAGUCUGGAGACAUUUUUCGUUCUCACAACAGGUGCUACUGGGUCCUGCCAAAAUCCAACACUGCACAGAACAGCCCCAACAAAGAAUUUUCUGGUCCAAAACUUCGACAAAUCCCCAGGUUGAGAAAUCCUGGUUAAUGCCACAGUGAAGGGUCUUCUUGCCUACCCAGUGAAAGAUUAAUAAACCCAUCACCAACUCUAAGCAGCAACUAUGUUCUAAAAACAGAAUAAAAGAGUGAAAAUUCCAUUAUGUGGUUGAAACUGUAAUUGGCAAAUGUUUUUAAAAGAGGUUGUAUUAAAAACCAAACAAAACUUGUAGGCAGCCUCAUUUCUUUAUAUUCCUUGACAAAGGAACAGAUUUUACCUUGUAUUAACAGGUGGGACACAUCAGGAGGAAAAAAAAAAAGUGAGGCAGUAUAUUUACAAAGGUAAAGAUGAGGUCAAAGUGUCCCCAGAUGUCUAACGCUUCUGAUGUGUUCCAUGUGCACGAGAAUUUUUUCUCAUCCUUUCCCUCUUCUGCUUCUCUAGGUUGCUUUUCUGUCCCAACCCAAUUUUAACUGAUCUUUGUGGAAACAGACUUCAUCAUCUACAGAAUCAAAGGAAGCGUAGCGUAUUUAGGCCUAGAAAUAACUACCCAUGUCUUAGAGCCCUGGAUCGAAUGCUAUGGACAGCUGGUACUAAAGAAAACUUCUCCCUCUUCUUCCUAAAGUGAUUCUCCCCUACCUUUCUGUAUUCCUGAAUUAUAUGUCACCCCUUUCAAGUGUUUUUGUAUUUGGUCCUUUUAGAAAGGAGGAGGACCGAGAGCCUUAACCCAAAGUUGGUGUGAACACGAUGCAACUCAGAAUUAUUCUCAAGCUUUUCUAGGCAGCCAGGCACUCAGAAGGAACAGAACGGCAGUGUGUGCAUGAGCCCGCACACAGAAAAGGAAGGCUGAGGACAGCUUUGCAUCCAGUUCGUGGGUUUUGUGUUCUCUCUUGGCUGGGCAAGGAGAAUGCCUGUUCUUUGAGGAAGAGCCAGAUAGAGUUGGCUCUAUGACCACAUUGGCCUCUUGCUUGCUUCGACCAUAAGAUCUGUGAAGUUAGGUUUACCAACCUGGCCAAAAAUUCUGAUUUCCCAUCCUCUUUUCCUGAUAACUCUGCAACCUCAAACAAAUAAAAUUAGUAUCCAUAUUAGAACGAAACAGACACCGAUGCUUUGAAAUGAUAUUGCACAUUUUUUGUGAGUGUGCCUGCUAGAGCAAGAAUAUCAGCGAGAGGUCCAGAUGUCAAGACUCAGUAAUUAAUAGAGCUUGGAAAGUUUUCUUCCAGAGCAUCUAGAAUAUUCUUCUGAUUUACAGAUGGAUUCAAUUAAAAAAAAAUGCCUACCAUUUGGUGCUGGCUCAAAUAAAAAAAUGAAAUAAAAAUUUUGGCAAAUGCUUGUUUAGUGUUGAAAAUUAAAGUGUUGGGAAUGGAAAAUCAGUUUUAAAUGGUUUCUCCCAUACACAGAGCUACAACUGCCUAAUCUUUGUCACAAUUAAUUCACUGCCUCUUAACAAAUCACUGGAGAUUUAAUAAAUGAAUGUCAAAGGUUAACAUCA